ACGGACGGAUAUAAGAUAACGCUGCACAUCACUAGCCAUGUUCCCCACGACCUGUACUCACACUCCCUCACCAUCAUGGCUCCCAUAAAAACACAAUGGACAAGGCUAAUUCGAUUCGUGGCUGUCGAGACUGGCAUGGUUCAUAUUGGACAACCGGUUAACGGUAACCUUGAUAUUGGACUCGCAUUCCACUUCAAAGAAACCAUCAAGGCUUAUGAAAUCCUCGGUUCAUACCUCGACCCGGCUGCCCAACUCAGCAACAACAUUCUCACUGUCAAAGAACUCCUCGCACCUUUGUCGAGGGAGGAAAUGAAAACAGUAAGAUGUUUGGGUCUCAACUACUCUGAUCAUGCCGCGGAGGCUGGCCUUGCAAAGCCUGCUGCGCCAAUUCUCUUCUAUAAACCUCUUGCUUCUAUGAUUGGUCCAUCUGUCCCAGUAGUUAUCCCACUCGCUGCUCAACCUCCAGCGCUCCACCUCCCUGACUACGAGGUAGAGCUGACCAUAGUCAUCGGGAAAGCCGCGAAAGAUGUCAAAGAAGAGGACGCGCUCGACUAUGUCUUGGCCUAUACCGCUGCAAAUGAUGUCUCCUUCCGCAAACACCAAAUGACAACAUCGCAGUGGGGCUUCUCCAAGGGCUUCGAUCAAACAACCCCAAUCGGCCCAUGUCUCGUCUCUAAUAAUGCUAUCCCAGACCCGCAAAUUGUUCCUCUCAAAUGUAUACUCAAUGGAGAGGUAGUUCAGGAUGGAUUAACUGACACCCAACUGUUCAACGUCCGCCAAACCAUCGCUUUCCUCUCCCAGGGUACCACGCUCGAACCAGGAUCUGUCAUCCUCACAGGAACUCCAAAAGGUGUUGGUUUCGUUCGCAAGCCGCCUAUUUACUUGAAAGACGGAGAUGACGUGAGAGUGUGGAUUGGAGGUGGAGUGGGAACGUUGAUAAAUUCUGUCGUGGAGGAAGGAAGGGGCCUGAGAGCCAAGCUUUAAAGGACGACUGUAAAAACAUGCGAGGCAAGGGGCAAAGGUUGUCUUAGUGCUUCUUUUUGGGCCGAGAACCUUCGUCUGCUCAGUCUUCAAAUCUUGUCAGUACUCCUACUUUGAUAAAAAGCAUCCUUAUGUACUACUAAGCGGUUUCAUGUCCGCCUCCGCCCAAUCUCAUAUUUCCAC